AUGAUGUCAAACUCUAUCUUCGUUCUCUUAAUUGCCUUCUGUAUCCUCAACUUAUCUUUCGCCCAACACCACCACGGUGGUGGCGGCUACGGAGGUCAUGGUGGAGGCUACGGUGGUCACGGAGGCUACGGUGGAGGCUAUGGCCAUGGUGGUUACGGGGGCUAUGGUCAUGGUGGUUAUGGAGGCUAUGGACACGGUGGUUACGGAAGCUACGGCCGAGGAGGUUAUGGUGGAUAUGGCGGCUACGGUAGAGGCGGCUGGGGCUACGGACGUUACGGCGGCUACGGUGGACGAGGCUGGUACGGUGGCUACUAUCCAGGCUACGGAGCUGGAGCUGCGUUAGCUACAGGUGCUGCUAUUGGUGCGAUAGGUACACUUGGAGUAAUAGGAGCCAGUAGCAUGUACGGCGGAUCUUAUGGUGGCGGUUAUAGUGGGGGCUAUGGCAGUUACGGUAGCUAUGGAAGCAGUGGAUAUGGUUACAGUUAUUGUCAGUACUAUCCAUAUGCUUCACAAUGCCAGCCUUACUCUUCGUAUUCUUAUGGAAAGUGA